AUGCUGCUCCUGACAGUAAUGUCCAUGUCGGUUCUGGUUUGGAACUUCCAAGCGGAGGCAACCUACCAUCACCUCCAGACAGUCCACCACGAACACUCCGCUAACAUGGAAAACCUCCUGCCCGAAAGCCUCCUGCCCGAAGUCGUGCCCGAAGUCUUGCCUGAGGUCUUGCUUGAGGUCUCCCACCCUGUCAACCUCAGCCGCACUUUCUAUGGGAUCAUGUUCGAUGCUGGGAGCACAGGCACCCGGAUCCACAUCUACAAAUUUAUUCAGAAAGACCCAGGUGAGUGUUUUCUCUCUCUUUUUCUGUGUAUCUCAUUCAGUCUCUCUCAGCCUUAGCCUCAGUCCCAGGAGCCAAUAGGGCUUUACGUUCAACUGUCUCCCAGAGAGUCUAUGUUUGCUGUUGGGUCAUUCGCUCUGUGGUGUAAAGACAAACACGUGCCGUCAGCGUGGGGAGAGAGCAAUCAUGGGCAAGACAGAACCAAGAGGCAGCUGAGUUGUAGUUUUAAUAAUCUGUUAGUGUGACCGAAAUCCCAAAAAAUCCCAAAUUUCAAAGCACACAUUAAUGCAACAGACAUCUGUUAUUUCACACAUUUCAAAUAUCAUAUUUAUAUCUUGUUUGACAAAUGAAUGCAUUCUCCCCAUCUACUUUUUCUCUUUUUAGUUGAGCUGCCAGUUCUGGACAAUGAGAUAUACCAUGCAAUGAAGCCUGGUCUGUCUGCCUAUAAAGAGAAGCCUGAAGAGGUAUGUAUCAGGUCUAUCAUUUUCUCAUUCAGGCAUUUAAAAAAAAUUUUGGGGGUAAUUUAGCAGACGCUCUUAUCCAGAGCGACUUACAGUUAGUGAGUGCAUACAUAUUUUUUUCUCAAACUGAUGUAGACUGAUGUAGGCAUUGUGAUGUAGACCGUAUAAUUACAUGAACUGAUUCUGCUGAUGCUAUCACUAAGUCUGAUCUUUACUGUCUUGGGAUCUAGAUUUUACAAACCAGAUGAUGUGAAGUCAUAUGUGGACAAACAUAUCAACCCUUUAAUCAACUGAAUACGUUAAUGCCGUUAUAUACUUCAUUCACUGUUGAAAUAUCUAUCAGCCCUUUUAGUCACGGCUGUGCUUUGAGAGUGUUCCAGUGGAGACCAUGCUCAUCUGUUAAUGCCUGUUAUCCCAUUCAGGGUGGGAACACGAUCAGAGCGCUGCUGAAGGUGGCCAAGAAGACGGUUCCAGAGGACGAGUGGAAGCAGACCCCGGUGGUCCUGAAAGCCACUGCCGGGCUCCGCCUCCUGCCCGUGGAGAAGGCUAAUGCUCUGCUGGAUGAGGUGAGGCACGUUUUCUUUCCCCUCAGGCAGUUAGGCACAUGGAUGACCCGUACUGCCAAGGAUCCGGACGUGAAACUGCUAAGUGCUUACAAAUGUUCUUGAAAGAACUGGGGGGAAAAGUCUACCCACUUCUAGUUGGCGAUCACUGUGCAACAAACUGCUGUUUUGGGGUUGUCUGGAGCAUUGGAAUAUGUCAUUUGAUUUAUUAAAUUCAUGCGGCUACUCUAGCCAUGUUUGUGGUUUUGCAUUCUGUCAUCCUCAGACAAAUGUGCCUCAGAACAAUUCCUUAGUCUAGAGAUAAGAGAUAUAAUAAGGAUCUAUUGUAUUUUCUUACUGUCUUUAUUCAGGAUGAUCUUUAUUAAUAUGCACUGUCAUCAUAAAUGGUCUCCGUAGGUUCGGGAAGUCUUUGACGAGUCCCCCUUCUUUGUACCAAACAACAGUGUCUCCAUAAUGAAUGGAAUAAAUGAAGGUAUGCCACUAUAUUGGUGUCACAAACAUCUGUCUUUCAUUUUCUUUUACGCUACUGUGGUAUUGUGGGUAUGUUGGUAAAGAGGAAAACUGUAGACAUUGCUUAGAUUAGCUAAAUGCUGCAGUAUUGUCAAACCAGGUGGUUAGUAUCUACCAACACUGUCCUCAUAACAUGUUUUUAUAAGAGCUCUAUCGCUACCUCAUAGAGCAAUUAAAUAACCUUGUCUGGGUUGCCCUUCCCACACCCAAUAUUAAGUGAUCCUCCACAUCACUCAUUAAGACACCCGCACUAACUCCUGUUUCAUCAGAUGUGCAAUUCAUUAGCCUCACUUUAUUUUUUUAUGUUUUUUUAUUUAACCUUUAUUUAACUAGGCAAGUCAGUUAAGAACAAGUUCUUAUUUACAAUGACGGCCUACACCGGACAAACCCGGACGACGCUGGGCCAAUUGUGCGCCGCCCUAUGGGACUCCCAAUCACAGCCGGUUGUGACAAAGCCUGGAAUUGAACCAGGGGGUCUGUAGUGACACCUCAAGCACUGAGAUGCAGUGCCUUAGACCGCUGCGCCACUCGGGAGCCAUAACAUGAGAUCUGAGACAGUAGUAAUUACCUGUGUUGGUCUAUCCAUGUCAGACAAAUAUUACUAAUGUAACAGCUGCUAAAAGAUUGAAAACUAGUAUAACCUCCAAUCUCUGAAUUGACAGUCUCUGAACUGCAUGUGUUCAAAUGGCAAUAUGUAUCGGUAACGUCCAACAACAAGAUUACAAAGGCAACAAUAGCAAAUGAUUUUGUUCAAGUGAAUGUUUUACUCACACACUCUCCAUGUACUCUCUCUCUCUCUCGUAGGAGUCCUGGCCUGGGUAACAGUGAACUUUCUGACAGGUAAGGCAUUGCUCAUGUUUUGCUAAGGUGGUGUUAAUGGUCAGGGGAGUCAUUUCUGAGGUUUAAACACUGUACACAGUUGCAGAGCAGUGAAAGACUCCUGUCUCCUGUCUGACUGUCUUGUAUUGAGUCAUGUUGGCCACCAUCUGGUCACGGUGGGAUGCAAUAUUCCCUCACUUGUUACACAGAGUUAGCAUAAUAAGAUAAUAUUUAUUUUACAACCCAUCCUAUGGUCAAAACGAUAGCCUUCUUCUUCCUCUUGGUGGCCACAGACCUAUAUCUAUUAGAAUUCCAGUCUUUGUCUCAAGCGGGUGGUUGGAAAAUGAAUGAAUUCUAAAUGAAGUAUGUGGUCAAUGUACAGUACCUGUAUGUUCUACUUUCUGUUUAUAAUGUCAAUGAUGGAUAGCAUCCUGUAUAUAGUUUUCUAUUUCCAGUUCUGUGUGUUUGACUUUCCAUCUGUUUGCUUUAGGUCACUUGUAUGCCAAGACCAGGAAGACAGUGGGGAUCCUGGAUUUGGGUGGAGGAUCUACCCAGAUCACUUUCCUUCCAAAAUCAAAGGUAAAUGUUAAACUGAACUCCACUGGCGUUUUGUGAAGAUUUAGAUAACUAUUGCUAUUUUAUUACACAUUACUCAACCCUUCUCUUUGUUCCCAUAGAAAACAGUUUUCACCGCCCCAGCCAGUUACAUUGCCAACAUCAACAUGUUCAACCACACUCUACAACUCUACACUCACAGGUGAGUAAACAACCAUUGGUGCAGCAGUUACUGUACAGAUCUUAUUUUUUAUGUAUUUUUUUUAGGGGGUAGAUCAGCUUUAAUAUUGCAGAUAGAUUGUAACCUCCAUCAAUGUAAUUGUCUGCAUCACUUCCAAUCCCCCAUAUGUUUUUCCCCCCACAAAUAUAUAUAUAUAUAUAUAUAUAUAUAUAUAUAUAUAUACAUACAUACACAUGCAUACAUACAUACAUAUACACAUACAUACAUAUACAUACAUAUAUAUAUAUAUAUAUAUACAUAUCCUUUUUUAAAUUUAUUUUCCUUUAUUACUUUCCAACCCCACCACCCCUACUUGGAGUAAACUAGUGAACAACAACACGUACGCCUCUACUUCCAGUUUAUACAUACUAUAUACAUUUUUACUCCUGAACUUCCUCUAACCUCAACCUCUCCGAUCAUUUUCAAGAUGUCCAUCCGGUUUGCCUCUACAUGCCAUAUUCCCCAAACUGUGCUCUUUCACAAAAGUUCUCAACCUAUAUACCUAUUAUGGACACAGUAUGUUUUACAUUAGUUAUUUUGUUGUUAUUAGUUGUUAUUAGUCCCAACCUUCAGCUCCAUUCAACCCCUGUACACAUCUUAAUUUUGCAGGAAAAUAAUCCUGCUGCAACAGGAAAUGUGAAUUAUUAUGUGGAUUAUAAUUAAUGGGAAUGUUUAUAGGGGUUGAUAAAUUUUUCGUAAGGGAAAAUGAAGUCUGAAAUGUCAAAGUGGAAAUUACAAACUUCAGAAUUCUUUUUAAACCUCAAACACACUAUACGUUGUACAUUUCCAACUUGUACAUUUUCCUUUUGCCCUCAGAACAGCCUCAGUUCGUUGGAUAAUGGACUUUACAAGGUGUCAAAAGCAUUCCACAGGGAUGCUGGCCCAUGUUUACUCCAAUGCUUCCUACUGUUGUGUCAAGUCGGCUGGAUGUCAUUUGGGUGGUAGACCAUUCUUGAUACACACGGGAAACUGCUGAGCAUGAAAAACCCAGCAGCGUUGCAGUUCUUGACACAAACCGGUGCGCCUGGCACCUACUACCAUACCCCGUUCGAAGGCACUUCAAUCUUUUGUCUUCCCCAUUCACCCCCUGAAUGGCACACAUACACAAUCCAUGUCUCAAAUGUCUCAAAGCUGAAUAAUCCUUCUUUAAUCUGUCUCCUCCCCGUCAUCUACACUGAUUGAAGUGGAUUUAAGUGACAUCAAUAAGGGAUCAUAGCAUUCACCUGGAUUCACCUGUGUCAUGGAAAGAGCACGUGUUCUUAAUGUUUUGUAUACUCUAUGUAUAUAAUGGCAUGCAAAGAAAACAGGAUACUCACAUUACUUUGGCAGUCUCAUUAAUGUAUUCUGAAUAUCUGUCCUCAUUCAGCUACCUUGGAAAUGGACUCGUAGCGGCUCGAUUGGCAACUCUUGGGGCUUUGGGGGCUGAUGGUAAUUUGAAUUGUCAUACAGUAUUUACUUAGCUAUGCAAGCUAGGCAACUGCAGUCAUUCAUCUGUUCAUGCUGGAUAAAUAGAUGUGUAUAAUGCUGCAAGACACUUUAGAUUUCUAUAAAUCAGACACACUAUUUAACUGUCAUCCUCGUUGGGGACAAUGCAAUAACCAAUCUUGUUUACUCUUUCAGGUCUGGAUUGGAAAGUUUUCACAAGCUCCUGUCUACCCAAGAAAUUCAGAGAGGACUGGACUUUUGGGGGAAUCACCUACAAAGUUAGCGGAAUUCCUGACGGUAAGUGCAAGAUAAAACAUACAAUAAUGGUCCUCUGUAGCUCAGCUGGUAGAGCACGGCGCUUGUAACGCCAAGGUAGUGGGUUCGAUCCCUGGGACCACCAAUACACAAAAAUGUAUGCACGCAUGACUGUAAGUCGCUUUGGAUAAAAGCGUCUGCUAAAUGGCAUAUUAAUAAUAUUUAAUUUUUUUGAAUCCUCGAAACUAUAAAUAAACUAUUCAGUCUCAGAUAGCUCAAUGAUAGAGUUUAGUUCAGUCUGAGUUGAGAACAUUUCCCCACUGGAACCAACUGCACUGUGGUGCAAAAUGCAUGUUUUGUCAUUCUUUCUCUCUGCACUCAGACUUUCAACAGUUAUAAUACAGCAAACCUUGUAUUUAAAUGAGUGGAAAAUUGUCAGUUAACUCCGCAAAUAAUGCAACACUCCCAUACCACGGUCAUGUAGCCAAAAUAUGCUGGGUUAGUCCCCGAGCUGUCAUUUUUCUGUGUAACUAAAAGCUUAAUGUUGACCGCUCACAAUUAUGUGGUAAAAAUAGUUCACCCUACAGGCGUGUGCUACUCUUGUCAGCACUUGGUUUCCCCGGUUGUAACCAACCAACCAAUCCCAGGGUGCUGUGAAAGUGUCCUUUUGGGGCUGUUCUAGUGUAGAGCUCUGGAGCCCAUAGCCUCAACCCCAUUUUGAUCUCAUAAAGAGGCUCCAAGUUCUCCCAGGUCAUUCCACCACAAGCAUGCAGCAAACUCAGUUAUUUUACUCUCCUUUGAAAAUAAACCUUUUUAUUGUUGGUGCUGAUUUAAAAAUUAUUCUGACUUGUUAACAAUUUACUUGAGUGUUAUGUUGUCAUGAAGCUGACAUAACUCUAUAAUCUUAUGAUACCUGCCUUGAAGAUUCAGUACAGUUUGUGAUAGAUAUUAAUGAUUCUAUUGAUGUUAUUUAUGUGUCUCUUCAGGCUAUGCAGGUUACAAGCUGUGUUACUAUGAGGUGAUGAGGGUGGUGAAAGGCAUCGUGCACCAGCCGUUCGAGGUGAAGGGCAGCAGCAUCUUCUAUGCUUUCUCCUACUACUUCGACAGAGCUGUGGAGUCAGGCCUCAUUGGUGAGUAGACACACAGACCAGGACAGAUACAAAAUCAUAUUUUAGCAGUGGUGGAAAAUGCACCCAAUUUUCAUACUUGAGUAAAAGUGAAGAUACCGUAAUAGGAAAUGACUGAAGUAAAAGUGAAAGUCACCCAGUAAAAUACUACUUGAGUAAAAGUAUAAAAGUAUUUGGUUUUAAAUAUACUUAAGUAUCAAAAGUAAAUGUAAUUGCAAAAUUAAUUAGUAUAAAUAAUUUCAAAUUCCUUUAAUUAAGCAACCCAGAUGGCACAAUUGUUCGUGUUUUUUUAAAUUACGGAUAGCCAGGGGCACACUCCAACACUCAGACAUAAUUCAGAAACAAAGCAUUUGUGUUUAGUGAGUCCGCCAGAUCAGAUGCAGUAGAGAUGACCAGGGAUGGUCUUUUGAUAAGCGCGUGAAUUGGACAAUUUCUGUCCUGCUAAGCAUUCAAAAUGUAACGAGUACUUUUGGGUGUCAGGGAAAAUGUAUGGAGUAAAAACUACAUAAUUUCCUUUAGGAAUGUAGUGAAGUAAAAGUAAAAGUUGUCAAAAAUAUAAAUAGUAAAGUAAAGUACAGAUACCCCAAAAAACUACUUAAAUAGUACUUUAAAGUAUUUUUACUUAAGUACUUUACACCACUGCCUUUUAGUAUGCAUCCACUAAAACCUCACAAUAAUAUGAAAGGAUUAAAGUAAAACAAAAAAUUGUUUAGUUAUGUUCUCCUCAAAUACAUUUAACUGCAGUGUUUAUGAUUUGCUUGGAAAACUGAAAUGACAACUGUUGUAGCAGAUGAGAAAAGUAUACAUUUGUUGUUUUACAGAUGGCAGUCGCGGUGGCAUGGUAGAAGUUAGGGAUUUCAAGAAGAGAGCCAAAGAAGGUGAGUCCUAGGCUUUUCCCCCCUCAGAAACAUUUGGACUAUAUUGAUACAGUACACAGUGUACAAACAAGAAAUGUUGGUGCUUAUUUGCAUGUUAGACUCAACAAUCUCACAUGCCUUACAAAAUAUCAGUUCCUCACCACAAAAUCUUGCUGUAAAAAUACACACUGUUCUAACUCACACAAACACUCAACCUUGUUUGUGCCCAAACAUCUUGGCACAACUGUAACCUAACCUGGAACAUUGGCACUUUCGUCUGCCAUUUCUAAUAUAACCAAGGACCAUCAGAUGAAAUGUCUGAUUCAUAACUGUUCUCAGAGCAUACACAAACACGUUGAUAUUUUACAUACACAUUGACAUUUAGCUACUUAACACAUUUACAAAUCAUUUACAGUAAUCUGAUGUGAUGUGGAAAGUGCUCUGUCACAUUAGACUAACAUAUAGCCUUGGUAAAUCCGUUAGACCGCGUGGCACAAUAAAUGCCUGUGUUAGAUUUACAGCUAAAAGGAACGAGUUGGUGUGUUAUGUAAAGUCUGUUUGCAUUGCGAAAACAGUCACAUGGUCUCGAUGAACACGUCUGGCAUUUGGCAGGUUGGCAGGCAGUUGACCUGGGCAGCUGUGAGCUCUGUCUCUCGUACCUGACAGCCACACAACACCCAACCUGACCCGGGGGCUGAGCCUGAGAGAGACACACAGUGUACAGCAAGUCUGUUGGCUCUGCCACCCACCCCCAGAAUCACCAACAUGUGCAGACCCUCAGCACUUGACUCUUCUCACACCCCAUUUCUCAGUCAGCUAAACAAACAAAAUAAACCAAACAGGGUGACCAGCUUUCUAUUAUGUGGUGCCCAGGUUAGAGGUUGACUGCUGCUUGACCCCACAUUGAACAUGAUACAAGAUGUCUCAAAAUAUGCCCAUGGGUGCUCUCUGUCCUCUGUGAUUUGUUCUUAAUGUAGUGUCUACCUGAUUUGUUUUCAGUGUGCAACAAAAUGACCAAGUACCGUCCCAUCAGUCCCUUCCUCUGCAUGGAUAUGACAUAUAUCACCUGCCUGUUGAAGGAGGGCUUUGGCUUCAAGGACAAUACAAUGCUGCAGGUGAGACAGGAACUGGUCACUGGGCACAAAGGUAGGGGACAGGCAUCAAGACGUUAAUAAGUCAAAACUUAACAAACAUUAUGUUUUUUGUUCUGCUCCACAGCUCGCCAAGAAGGUGAACAACGUUGAGACAAGUUGGGCCUUGGGAGCCACAUUCGAUCACUUUAACAACCUCAACAUCCACUAAGGGCAGCUAGCCUACCUGCCUGCAGGCACAGCCUGUUACUGGGGGCAUCCCCUCUGCCACCGCCCCCUGACUAGCCCCUCCCUCCUGCACAGCCACGCUCCUCCAGCCUACCCCUCCCCUCCCUUCCUUCCUUCUCAGCACCAUUACAUUUUAGUCAUUUAGCA